CCUCCAUUACAUUUUAAAUAUAAAUAUAGUUUACAUGGCAGCCUUAAAUUUGCUAAAAAGGAGAUUUAGUUUAGAAUUAGGUCAGACACACACUAACUGUUAUUGUCAAUAUUGUAUUUACAUUUUAAAUUACACACACAUUAACAACAUCAGCCAUAUUUUGUUAAUAUAACCUCUCUGUUCUAAGGAUUUCUAUGUCAGUCUCUCUCCACAUCAGACAUGUUGGUGUUAUAUAGACUUAUCAUGGCUGACUGUUAGUGGAGCUGAUAGUUUGUUGUCCCUCUCUUUUCAUUGUGAGGGAAAACACAUCAAGUGUGAGUGAGGCUGGAGUGAGCAUCACCCAUCUCUCUUCCUCUCUCUGUCUCUCACUCACACCCAUGCACACACUCACUAAACACCACACAUCCACAGAGGAAGACUUGAGAGGGAACUGCUGGUUCCCACUGACUCACCACCAACACUAUUCCAUCAACAUGAAGCCAUUGUCACACCAUAGCAGCAGUGACACAGACAACCAUUAACAACAGAACAUUGGGACCAAGUCACAGUUUAUACAACAAAGGAUUUUACACACAAUGAAGAUUAAUAAUGUGAAUCUGCCAAAUUCCUGGACAUCACGACCAGAGAUGCUGUUGUGUCUCUGUAUUUUAUUGACUUUUUCUCAUUGUUAUUCAAGUGAAGAUAUCACAUAUCAUGUUGAAGAAGAGAAUAGUCCCUAUACCUAUGUAGGGGACAUUGCUACUGACCUACAGAAAUCAGACAGCUCCUUCUUAAAGAAUAAGGAUUUAAUUACAUUUAGUCAACUACAACAAAAGGGAGAACAGUUGUUCAAUGUGACGAGAACAGGUAAACUGUACACUGUUGAGACAUUGGAUGCUGAGUCUGUGUGUAGUUAUGAGAAAGAAUGUUUUGAAAUCGUUAAAGUUGCUGUUCACAAAUCCAAGACAUUUAUGAAGAUCUUAAAGAUUAAAGUCAUAAUAGAAGACAUCAAUGACCACCAACCUGAGUUUCCAACUGAAGAAGUCAACAUCCAAUUUUCAGAGAGAGAUGGUAAAGGAUCAAAACUAUCAAUACCCAAUGCUGUUGAUAAAGAUAUGGGUUAUAAAAAUAGUUUAAUUACAUAUGAAUUAAAAAAGGAAGAUCAGUAUUUCUCUUUACUAGUUGCCAAACAUACUAAUGGAAUAUUAACAUUGGGAAUUAUUUUAGAAGAGAAAUUAGACAGAGAAAAGAAGGACAGUUACAAUAUUGAAGUCAUUGCUAAAGAUGGAGGAACUCCACCAAAAGAAUCUGUUUUAAAUGUUAAAAUAUCUGUAAGAGAUGAAAAUGAUAAUACACCUCUCUUUUCGCAAAGUAUUUACAAUGUCUCUAUUGAACAUAAACAUAAAAAGAAUAUUCCAGUCGUCACAUUAUCUGCCAGUGAUUUAGAUAUUGGCAGGAAUGGUAAAAUAUCAUAUUACUUUGCCAGGAAAACUGCUGAGAAAAUGAAGAGACAUUUUAAUUUAGAUGAAAAUACUGGGAAAUUAUAUUUAGCUACAUCUUCAGAAAUUGAUAAGGAUGAAUCUUUAAAAUUAUACAUUGAAGCCAGAGAUGAUGGCAGUCCUCCACUGAGCUCCGUAGCAAUAAUUCAGAUAAAUGUUAUCAAUGAACACAACAAUCCCCCAAAUAUUGAUGUGAAUUUUAUUUCUACACAGAAUCACAACACAGCUACCAUUCUGGAAGACAUCAAAGUUGGUAGUUUCAUUGCUUAUGUGAUGGUCACUGACAAUGAUGUUGGACACAAUGGACAGGUGAACUGUCAUAUCAAAGACAACACAUUCAAACUACAGUCAAUGGGAUCGAAGGAAUAUAAAAUAGUUCUAAAGAAAGCAGUAGACAGAGAGACACAGGAACAUUAUCACUUUACUGUGUCGUGUGAAGAUAAAGGAUUACCUGCUCUGAAAACUGAUAAAGAUCUGUCAAUCCAAGUGUUGGAUGUGAAUGAUGUAGAACCACACUUUACGAAAGACACAUUCAAGUUCCUUACCUAUGAGAAUGACAAAGCUAAUUUCCCUAUUGGCUUUAUCAAUGCUACAGACCCAGAUAUUGGUAAGGGAGGUGAAUUGUUUUAUUCUCUGAGAAAUAAACAGCAAUAUCGUCUGCCAUUCCAGAUUAUCAACUCUGGCUUUAUUUCAACAAACCAGUCUUUAGACAGAGAACACAGAGAUUUCUAUGAGUUUGAGGUUUUUGUGAAAGACAAUGGAAGCCCAUCUCUGAAUAACACAGUGAAUGUUGAAGUGGAAGUAUUGGAUAGAAAUGAUAAUGCUCCAUAUUUUACAUUUCCUAGUGUUGACCAUUUCACUCUUAAUGUCCACUAUCAUCCGCAAAGUAAGAACGACAUCACAGUUCUGAAAGCAUCUGAUAUAGACAGUCACAUGAAUGCUUUUCUCAGGUACGAAAUCGUUUCAGGUAACGAGAGACAGUUAUUUAAACUGGAUUCGUUCACUGGUGUGUUAUCUUACUCUCGCACAGUUUACCAAAAUGAUGCCGGAUCAUAUGAGCUUGAGUUUGUUGUGAAAGACAGUGGUACUCCAGUUCUGUCAGCAACAACUAGUGUGUCUUUGACACUGACUGUUAGUAACAAGACGUCACCAAUGUUCACAGCUGUGCACCUACCAAGUGAUAACACAAUAGAUGCGACAUUGUUGAUUAUCAUUGUAGUAGCAGCUGUGAUAGUAUCUAUAGCUAUUGUGGUUUCUAUAACCCUGUGUAUUGUGAGAUGUAACAAUGUGAGAAAUAGCUCAUCUGAAAGAACAGCAGAAGAGAAACAGGCAUACCAAUGUCGCAAUGAGAUGAGACAGUUGAUCUAUCAAGGUAACAACAGUGUACCUGUGAUGUCAGGUAAUCGAGGAGAGAUGUCAGACAGAUACGGUCAUUCGAGGAGCCAUUACUAUCCUGAAGACUGGAAGACAUCGACAAUGAGCAGAUCACUUCAGAAGUCUACAAAGCAGAAAUACAGUCAACCCAUUGAGGUGACAUCUUAUGGAGACAACAGACCAUCUUCUCACUAUCCCACUGACACACUGGCCAGUCGUAAGAGCAGUGGACAGUGCUGGAGUGAGCGGUCAAGCAGACAGUAUGAAGAAAUACCAGCAAUGUCAGGAAUCUAUGGUGGUGCCCCACCCGAUGUAUCAAGCACCAGUGAGAGAGACCAUUAUCAAGACAGAUAUGUGAAACCUCCAGAGAGACAGUUACCUUCAACACCAGAUGUUGUUGUCAGUAUUAAUAAUGUGAAUCUACCAAAUUCCUGGACAUCACGACCAGAGAUGCUGUUGUGUCUCUGUAUUUUAUUGACAUUUUCUCAUUGUUAUUCAAGUGAAGAUAUCACUUACCACGUUGAAGAAGAGAAUAGUCCCUAUACCUAUAUAGGGGACAUUGCUACUGACUUACAGAAAGCAGACAGCUCCUUCUUAAAGAAUAAGGAUUUGAUUACAUUUAGUCAACUGCAACAAAAGGGAGAACAGUUGUUCAAUGUGACGAGAACAGGUAAACUGUACACUGUUGAGACAUUGGAUGCUGAGUCUGUGUGUAGUUAUGAGAAAGAAUGUUUUGAAAUCGUUAAAGUUGCUGUUCACAAAUCCAAGACAUUUAUGAAGAUCUUAAAGAUUAAAGUCAUAAUAGAAGACAUCAAUGACCACCAGCCUGAAUUUCCAACUGAAGAAGUCAAUAUUCAAUUUUCUGAAACAGAUGGCAAAGGCACGAAGAGAUCAAUACAAAAUGCUGUUGAUAAAGAUAUGGGUUAUAAAAAUAGUUUAAUUAAGUAUGAAUUAAAAAAGGAAAAUCAGUAUUUCUCUUUACUAGUUGCAAAACAUACUAAUGGAAUAUCAAGAUUGGGAAUUAUUUUAGAAGAUAAAUUAGACAGAGAAACAAAAGACAGCUACAAUAUUGAAGUCAUUGCUAAAGAUGGGGGAACUCCACCAAAACAAUCUAUUUUAAAUGUUAAAAUAUCUGUGGAAGAUGAAAAUGAUAACACACCUCUCUUUUCGCAAACUAUCUACAAUGUCUCUAUAGAACAUAAACAUAAAAAGAAUAUUCCAGUAGUCACAUUAUCUGCCAGUGAUUUAGAUAUUGGCAGGAAUGGUAAAAUAUCAUAUUACUUUGCCAGGAAAACUGCUGAGAAAAUGAAGAGACAUUUUAAUUUAGAUGAAAAUACUGGGAAAUUAUAUUUAGCUACAUCUUCAGAAAUUGAUAAGGAUGAGUCUUUAAAAUUAUACAUUGAAGCCAGUGAUGAUGGCAGUCCUCCGCUGAGCUCUGUAGCAAUAAUUCAGAUAAAUGUCAUCAAUGAACACAACAAUCCCCCAAAUAUUGAUGUGAAUUUUAUUUCUACACAGAAUCACAACACAGCCACCAUUCUGGAAGACAUCAAAGUUGGUAGUUUCAUUGCUUAUGUGAUGGUCACUGAUGAUGAUGUUGGACACAAUGGAGAGGUGAACUGUCAUAUCAAAGACGACACAUUCAAACUACAGUCAAUGGGAUCGAAGGAAUAUAAAAUAGUUCUAAAGAAAGCAGUAGACAGAGAGACACAGGAACAUUAUCACUUUACUGUGUCGUGUGAAGAUAAAGGAUUACCUGCUCUGAAAACUGAUAAAGAUCUGUCAAUCCAAGUGUUGGAUGUGAAUGAUGUAGAACCACACUUUACGAAAGACACAUUCAAGUUCCUUACCUAUGAGAAUGACAAAGCUAAUUUCCCUAUUGGCUUUAUCAAUGCUACAGACCCAGAUAUUGGUAAGGGAGGUGAAUUGUCUUAUUCUCUGAGAAAUAAACAGCAAUAUCGUCUGCCAUUCCAGAUUAUCAACUCUGGCUUUAUUUCAACAAACCAGUCUUUAGACAGAGAACACAGAGAUUUCUAUGAGUUUGAGGUUUUUGUGAAAGACAAUGGAAGCCCAUCUCUGAAUAACACAGUGAAUGUUGAAGUGGAAGUAUUGGAUAGAAAUGAUAAUGCUCCAUAUUUUACAUUUCCUAGUGUUGACCCUUUCACUCUUAAUGUCCACUAUCAUCCGCAAAGUAAGAACGACAUCACAGUUCUGAAAGCAUCUGAUAUAGACAGUCACAUGAAUGCUUUUCUCAGGUAUGAAAUCGUUUCAGGUAACGAGAGACAGUUAUUUAAACUGGAUUCGUUCACUGGUGUGUUAUCUUACUCUCGCACAGUUUACCAAAAUGAUGCCGGAUCAUAUGAGCUUGAGUUUGUUGUGAAAGACAGUGGUACUCCAGUUCUGUCAGCAACAACUAGUGUGUCUUUGACACUGACUGUUAGUAACAAGACGUCACCAAUGUUCACAGCUGUGCACCUACCAAGUGAUAACACAAUAGAUGCGACAUUGUUGAUUAUCAUUGUAGUAGCAGCUGUGAUAGUAUCUAUAGCUAUUGUGGUUUCUAUAACCCUGUGUAUUGUGAGAUGUAACAAUGUGAGAAAUAGCUCAUCUGAAAGAACAGCAGAAGAGAAACAGGCAUACCAAUGUCGCAAUGAGAUGAGACAGUUGAUCUAUCAAGGUAACAACAGUGUACCUGUGAUGUCAGGUAAUCGAGGAGAGAUGUCAGACAGAUAUGGUCAUUCGAGAAGCCAUUACUAUCCUGAAGACUGGAAGACGUCAACAAUGAGUCGGACACUUCAGAAGUCUACAAAGCAGAAAUACAGUCAACCCAUUGAGGUGACAUCUUAUGGAGACAACAGACCAUCUUCUCACUAUCCCACUGACACACUGGCCAGUCGUAAGAGCAGUGGACAGUGCUGGAGUGAGCGGUCAAGCAGACAGUAUGAAGAAAUACCAGCAAUGUCAGGAAUCUAUGGUGGUGCCCCACCCGAUGUAUCAAGCAGCAGUGAGAGAGACCAUUACCAAGACAGAUAUGUGAAACCUCCAGAGAGACAGUUACCUUCAACACCAGAUGUUGUUGUCAGUUAAGUGAGACUGAGAAAGGAACACAACAGAAAUAAUAUCACCUUCAACAUUCACACUACAUUUA